AUGAUUAACACAGAAAUAAAGUCAAAUAAAAACCCCCUCCACACUAUUCCUGUAUUAGAAGAUGGGGAUUUAAUACUAUACGAUAGCCACGCAAUAAUGGCCUACCUAGCUGACACUUACGGAAAAGAUGAGUCUUGGUAUCCAAAAGACGUCAAAAAACGAGCGCUAGUUAACCAAAAACUAUUCUUCAAUACAGCUGUUAUCUUUCGUAGAUUACGAAUCGUCUCAUAUUAUGUAGUACAGAAAGGAAGAAAAAAGUUAGAACAAGACUGGUUGGAUGACAUUGCAGAAGCCUACAGUUUCCUGGAAGCGUUCUUGUCAAAAACAAAAUAUAUAGCUGCAGAUCACAUUACAAUUGCUGAUAUAGCUAUUUUGAGCUUUCUUACCACUUUCGAGUACAUUGUACCUGUUGACACUAAAAAGUGCGUCGAGGGCACUGAAUGUGUUAAUUUUAUUUUUGUUAACUUCUUCCUCUUCCUCUUCUUCAAGAAGUCCGAAUGUAAUAAGAUCCCAGUCUAUCAUUAUAUUUUCAAUCGAGCACUCGACCGAACUGCAUCAAUUCUAAACGAAGUCUGGACGGAAAUAGUAGAGAAGUCGCCACGGCGGCCUCAGGCUGCGCCUCGCGGCGUCGAAGCACUGUUCUUGAACGCCGCGCGUACCGGCGAUGCACCGCUGCGUCACGAUACGUCGCGCUACGACGCAAGGCACCUCGAGGCGCAGUGCUGCGUGGUGCAACGUAAUCUGAAUUCUCACAAUAUGGGUGUCAAACUGUACGUUAUGGACUAUAGUCCCCCGUCACGAGCUUGCAUGAUGGCUUGUGAGAUCUUUGGAGUACCAUUCGAGAAGAUACCAGUCAAUCUAUUUAAAGGUGACCAUCUAACUCCGGAGUAUUUAGAGAAAAAUCCCCUCCACACAAUUCCUGUAUUAGAAGACGGUGAUUUCAUAUUAUAUGAUAGCCACGCAAUAAUGGCCUACCUAGCUGACACUUACGGAAAAGAUGAGUCUUGGUAUCCAAAAGACGUCAAAAAGCGAGCGCUUGUUAACCAAAAGCUCUUCUUUAAUACAGCUGUUAUUUACCGUAGAUUAAGAAACAUCACAUAUUACGUAUUCCAACAAGGAAAAAAGACUCUAGAACAAGACUGGUUGGAUGACAUUGCUGAAGGCUAUAGUUUCCUGGAAGCAUUCUUGUCGAAAACAAAAUAUAUAGCUGGAGACAACAUCACCAUCGCUGAUAUAGCAAUUUUGAGUCACCUGGCUUCCCUCGAAUACAUUCUCCCUAUAGAUGCUAAAAAAUAUCCAAAAACCUCUGCCUGGUUAGAAGAUUUCAAAGCAACGCCGUAUGCUAAGAAACAUAAUGAAGAAGGUGCAAAGGCUCUGUACGAUAAUCUCAAAAAACAUUUAACUUCCUAAAAUUAUUACCAUUAAAGUAAUUAAAUUUAAGAUAAAAUCAAGUUUUCAUACUUAUUUGUGUAAAACCUUUUCUUAUCUAAACUUAUUCGAAUCAAAUAAAUGUGGGAAAAAAUUAAUAAAUAAAA